GAUUAAUAGACUUAACUCUAGGGCUAUAAUUAGAUAGGAUUAUUAAAUAGAUGGAGUUUUUGUUUAGUAUAGUAUACUUAAAGCUACUUCCUUGUCGUUAGUAUAGCUAUUGUCCAAGCUUUCACGUGCGCGCGCAACCACGCGCAAAGCAACAUCACCACUCCGCCCGCGCAACCAACACCCACCAUCUCCACAUCACCUAACUACUUACGCCGCAACACGUCGCAGCAACAACACCACCACCAUCACAACCAGCGCUACCAUUACCACCACUACAACCACCCCCGCCGCGACCGCCGCCACAACCAUGGCCGCCGACGUCUCGACCAGCGCGCCGCCGCCCAUCGCGCAGCGCAUCCUGGGGCCGGCGCCGCAGCCCGCGCACUUCAGCUUCAGCUUCAACGACUUCCUGCGGCGCGAAUACCGCUUCGGGCUCGAUCCCAGCCGGCCCAUCUGCAAUGCCUUUAAGCAGGGACAUUGUCCGCUCGGGAACGCGUGCCCCGAUAAACAUCCUACGUCGUCGGCAUUUAAUAAUUCCUUCCACGGCAGCCUCGUCUGCAAGCACUGGCUACGCGGCCUCUGCAAAAAAGGCGAAGCCUGCGAAUUCCUACACGAGUACAACCUACGCCGCAUGCCGGAAUGCAACCACUACAGCCGGCACCUGACGUGCUCCAACGGCGACGACUGCCUCUACCUACACGUGGACCCGGAAUCCAAGCGUCCGGCCUGCCCACACUACGAGCGGGGCUUCUGCCCGCUCGGCCCACGCUGCGCGAAAAAACACGUCCGCAAGGAGCGCCUCUGCCGCUAUUACCUUGCCGGCUUUUGCCCGAACGGCCGCCAGUGCGGCGAGGGCGCGCAUGCGCGCUGGGUUGAGGAUCUGCGCAAGCCGGAGGUCAGGCUUGAGAAGAGCGCUGAGGAGUUGGAGCGCGAGAGGGCGGUUAGGGAGGAGGAGGCGAGGAAGGAGGCCGAGGCUGAGAGGGAAAGGUUUGAGGAGCGGAAUCCAGGGAUGGGUGGUCCUGGCGGGAAGUUUAGGGGUGGCUGGCAGGGAAGAAAGAAGAGGAGUGGUGGUGGGAGGAGGAGGUAUUAG